CACCAACAAUGUCCUCGGCCAAGGCUGCUAGCGAGGAGCCAGAGUGCUGUCAUUGUCAAUGGUGACUGGUGAGGGUGGUGAGCUCAACAUCUAGACACGUGUUUACGAGCAUUCGUUCUAAGAGGUUUGUGUUAUUGUUUUGAUCAAGGCAUAGGCAAAGUACUUGUUACCCAUUUUAAUACGGUAUAAUAUCAUACGUAUUUUGGAGUAUAAUAUUCUCCGUUUAAACGUGAGUAUCGUGUUUGGAGUUCGACAAAUCUUUCUUAGUUUAAUACUUUGAACAGAAAUCUCAAGUGUUAUAAUGGCAGCAGCGGCGGUAGUUGGUAGAAAACAGCGAAAAUUCGCAGUCAUGGGCUACAGGUCAGUGGGCAAGUCUUCGUUGACCAUUCAGUUCGUUGACAAACAAUUUGUGGACAACUACAACCCAACAAUCGAGUACACACACCACAAGAGCUUUCUGUACCGCGGCGAGGAGUACAAUCUGACAAUUGUGGACACGGCGGGGCAGGACAAGUACUCGAUUUUCCCCAACCAGUUGGCGGUGAACGUGCAUGGCUUUAUUCUGGUGUACUCGGUGACGUCGAGGAUGUCGUUCGAGGUGGUGAGGAGUAUCUACGACAAGCUGCUGGACUCGGUGGGCCGCCUGGCAGUUCCACUGCUUCUGGUCGGCAACAAGAUGGACCUCCACAAGGAGCGCGUGGUAACCAAGGAGGAGGGGCGUGCCCUGGCUGCUCAGUGGCGAGCUGCCUUCAUCGAGACAUCGGCCCGCGAGUACAUGUCCGCCUGCGACCUCUUCUCGCUUGCCCUCUUUGAAGUCGAAAAGAUGUACGGCGACCCGCGGCCGAGCAGCUGCUCCAUCUCCUGACGGUGUCCCGGGCACGAGCAGUCGUGCUCGCCUCGGUAUCAAGAAUACUACCCCCUCGACGACGAGGAAGAAGUUGCACGGGAGGGAUGUGAAAAGUGCGCCGAUCGCCAGUUUGAAGACAGAGACCGAUGACUAAAAGCAACUCUUUCAACACCGACACUGAAGGAGAUUUGUCGCUUCAAGAUCAAAUUUCUACCAUUUAAUUACAAGAGUAAGGCCCGCCGCAAAGUAAACCCACGCUAAUCCACGAAAAGCAACCCACGCAGUGGUAUGUUUUGUAAACCAUUGCUAGGCUUCUCCAGACAUCUGUGUAAUGAUAAUAAUACAUGCAAUGAAUAAUCCACUUGUCAGCUGAUUGAUUAUGAAUAAUUCUAUAUAGCCUAGGUUUACAAAACAUCCCACGGCGUGGGUUGCUUUUCGUGGAUUAGCGUGGGUCUACUUUGCGGCGGGCCUAAAGUAUGCUUUGGGUAAUAAAAAUUCACGUUAAAAUUCUGCUGAUCACUUUUAUUAGAAAUUAUAAUUCAAAAUGUUUUCAACAAUUAUGAGAAUACUCAAUUAUGGGUCCAACAUAUAAAAACGAUUACAUAUAUGAAGUUAUACAUAAUUUUGAAAUUGAAAAAAAUGACACGAUAGGGUUACAGCUGCCGGCAUCAAUUUUAAUAUUAUUUUUUAAGAAUGGAAAAAUUACAAAAAAUAUCAUUUUUAAUGCAUGGUAAAUUACAAAAAAUGUAUGUUGUUUACAAUUUGAUGAGAACUUUAAAGAUGAUGAACUCUAUUUUUCGAUAUACCGUACAGUAAUAUUAUUAUAAUUAUGCUGAUCAUAAUAUUAUACAAGGGAAGGGGUGUAUUUUUAUUCAAAAGUAGCUGAGUUUCAUUCAAGGGAAGAUACAGUAUUAGCACUUGAUUGAAUUAAAUUUUAGAUUGAAUGAUUGGAAUACUUUUUUGUGUUUUUUAUAGUAAAGGUUUGUAGGCUACUACAAGCUAUAUUUCGAAAUUGAUAUUGAUCUCUUCUACUUUUGAGGUUUCUAUCUUUCCAUUACAAAGGAAUAUGCAGUUAGGUUGAUUUGUGAAUUCCGUUAAAAUAAGAUUAUAUUCAAGUGUAGAUUUCAUAAAUGAGGUACCGGUAUGGUACUAGGUAUGAGCUAAAAGUGCCUUUCAGUGAAAUCCAGUGCCAUUUGUUUUGUUUUAUUAAGCUUGGUGCUUAUGAUGAUGAUAAUAAUAAUCUAAUAUAUUUGAUAAGUUUGAUACGUAAUUAGUAGUAUUUCCUUGAUUAUUUAUGUUAUUGUACCAUAUUAUUUUUUAAUGAUAUGGGAAACUCGUCACAUAAGAGACAUGGCGAUCCUAAUUUUGAGAAUUUGUAGACUCUUAGUAAAAUUUUUGGAUAUUUGUUUCUAAUUACGUUUUGUACAUAUUGUUACGGUACCGUACUGUAAGUUUCGAUUCAAUAACAUUCUGUAUCACAAGUUAUGUUUAAUUCAAAAGGAUAUUAUAUAGUAUCAGCACUUGAUUGAAAUGGCAAUAGCCUUAAUAAUAUUGGAACCCAAUUUAUGUUUUAUAGUGCAGGUUUUUAGGUUACUAACUUUGAUAUAGGCCUACUUCAAAAAUUGAUCUCUUCUACUUUUAUAGAGGCUUCCAUCACUUUAUAACAAACGAAUAAAUGCAGUUAGGUUGAUUCGUGAAUUCAAUUGAAAAAUUAAGAUUAUAUUCAAGUGCAGAUUUCAUAAACGAGUUACCGGUAUGGUACUAUGAGCUAAGUGCCUUUCAGUGAAUUCUAGUGUGCCAUUUGUUUUUUUUAAGCUUGAUGCUUAUGAUGAUGAUAAUAAUAAUCUAAUAUAUUUGAUAAGUUUGAUAGAUAAUUAGUUGGUAGUAGUAUUUUUUUGUUUUAUAAUUUAUGGUAUCAUAUUAAUUCUUAUUGAUAUGGAAAACUCAUCUCGUGAGAGACAUGGUGAAAAUUUUUGAAUAUUUGUUUCUAAUUAUGUUUUGUACAUAUUGUUACUGUAAGUUUCGAUUCAAUAACAUUUCACAAGUUUUCAUAUAUAUA